AUGCCUGCCUUCAACAGAUUGCUUCCCCUAGCUUCUCUAGUGCUCAUCUCCUGGGUCAGAGUCUGCUUCCCUGUGUGUGUGGAAGUACCCUCGGAGACAGAAGCCGUGCAGGGCAAUUCCAUGAAGCUGAGAUGCAUCUCCUGCAUGAAGAGGGAGGAGGUGGAGGCCACCACUGUGGUGGAAUGGUUCUACAGGCCUGAGGGCGGUAAAGAUUUCCUUAUAUACGAGUAUCGAAAUGGCCACCAGGAGGUGGAGAGCCCUUUCCAAGGUCGUCUGCAGUGGAACGGGAGCAAAGACCUGCAGGAUGUAUCCAUCACUGUACUCAAUGUCACUCUGAAUGACUCUGGCCUCUACACAUGCAAUGUGUCCAGGGAGCUUGAAUUUGAGGCACACAGGCCUUUUGUGAAGACCACAAGACUAAUACCCCUGCGAGUCACUGAAGAGGCGGGAGAAGACUUCACCUCUGUGGUCUCGGAAAUCAUGAUGUAUAUCCUCCUGGUCUUCCUCACCUUGUGGCUGUUUAUUGAGAUGAUCUAUUGCUACAGAAAGGUCUCUAAGGCCGAAGAGGCAGCCCAGGAAAAUGCGUCCGACUACCUUGCUAUCCCUUCAGAGAACAAGGAGAACUCUGUGGUACCCGUGGAGGAAUAAUGUGGUGUGACUUGAGGUGAUGUACAGGCAUUUGGGAGGGUAAGGUGGACGUAGAUGGCAUGUCAUACAAAUGUUGUUUGGCUUCUACAGUGGAAGUGACUUUCAAAUUGGUCUUUUCUAUUCUAUGUAGCAGUCUUGUCCUUUGGGUACUUAAGUUAAUGCCCUCUAUUAUGUCAAACCCUUCAGAAGCAGAAUUACUUUGGCCUGAAUAUUGAGCAACCCA